GGUUGCACGUGGACCGCUGAGCUCCUGCGCCUCGCGACAGAUCGCGGGCUCCGGCCGCGCAUCUCCAGGCACAGGGAACCGCCAGGGAGGGCAGGAGAGCGCACCCGGGCCGGGCCCCAGCCGCGUCCGCUCCCCUCCCGCUCCAUGGCUCCGCAGCCGCAGCCGCCUGUGCCGUCCUCCAGCCCGGAGGGGCCUCGCGGCAGCUGGUACGAACACCCGGUCAAGGACUAAACAGCACCGCCGCUUCCUCGCCGGCCGCUCUCCACCCCUAAGGAAAGCCGAGGCAAGGGAGACAAGAGGGAGGAAGGAAGAGCGAGCCGAAGCGAGCGGGAAGCCAGGGCUCGGGUCGCCGCGGGACAGCCCGGCCCGGAGGAGGCUGCGCCCGGGGCGGUGGCGGGAGGAGCGCGGGGCGGCGCCCCCGGGUUGCGCCGAGCUCCCGGCCCACGGCUGCUGAGAGGCGUCUUGGUGCCCCUGGUCGGCCCCACGCACCUGCCCGCGGCCGGCGCCCCACGCUCACCUGGUCUGCGGGGCCCCCUUCCCCAUCGCCGCCACUGCAGCCAGAGCGGAGCUCCGCGGGCCUGGAGCACGGCCGGGUCUAAUAUGCCCGGAGCCGAGGCGCGAUGAAGGAGAAGUCCAAGAAUGCGGCCAAGACCAGGAGGGAGAAGGAAAAUGGCGAGUUUUAUGAGCUGGCCAAGCUGCUUCCGCUGCCAUCGGCCAUCACCUCGCAGCUGGACAAGGCGUCCAUCAUCCGACUCACCACGAGCUACCUGAAGAUGCGCGCUGUCUUUCCCGAAGGUUUAGGAGACGCGUGGGGACAGCCGAGCCGCGCGGGGCCCCUGGACAGCGUCGCCAAGGAGCUGGGAUCGCACCUGCUGCAGACUUUGGAUGGAUUUGUUUUUGUGGUAGCAUCUGACGGCAAAAUCAUGUAUAUUUCGGAAACAGCUUCUGUACAUUUAGGCUUGUCCCAGGUGGAGCUCACGGGCAACAGCAUUUACGAGUACAUCCAUCCUUCCGACCACGAUGAGAUGACUGCUGUCCUGGCAGCCCACCAGCCUCUUCACCAUCACCUGCUCCAAGAGUAUGAGAUCGAGAGGUCGUUCUUUCUUCGAAUGAAGUGUGUCUUGGCGAAAAGAAACGCCGGCCUGACCUGCAGCGGAUACAAGGUCAUACACUGCAGCGGCUACUUGAAGAUCAGGCAGUAUAUGCUGGACAUGUCCCUGUACGACUCAUGCUACCAGAUCGUGGGGCUGGUGGCCGUGGGCCAGUCACUGCCGCCCAGCGCCAUCACUGAGAUCAAGCUGCACAGCAACAUGUUCAUGUUCAGGGCCAGCCUCGACCUGAAGCUGAUAUUCCUGGAUUCCAGGGUGACCGAGCUGACUGGGUACGAGCCACAGGACCUGAUCGAGAAGACCCUGUACCAUCACGUGCACGGCUGCGAUGUCUUCCACCUGCGAUACGCGCACCACCUCUUGCUGGUGAAGGGCCAGGUCACCACCAAGUACUACCGGCUGCUGUCCAAGCUUGGCGGCUGGGUGUGGGUGCAGAGCUGCGCCACCGUCGUGCACAACAGCCGCUCGUCCAGGCCCCACUGCAUCGUGAGUGUCAAUUAUGUCCUCACGGACAUCGAAUACAAGGAACUGCAGUUGUCCCUGGACCAGGUGUCCACGUCCAAGUCCCAGGACUCCUGGAGGACCGCCCUGUCUACCUCACAAGAAACUAGGAAAUUAGCUAAACCCAGAAACACUAAGAUGAAGACAAAGCUGAGAACAAACCCUUACCCCCCACAGCAAUACAGCUCGUUCCAAAUGGACAAAUUGGAAUGCGGCCAGCUCGGAAGCUGGAGAGCCAGCCCCCCCGUCCACGCCCCGGUUCCCCCAGAACAGCAGCUCCAUUCAGAAGGCGGCGACCUUCUGUACGCCCCGUCCUACAGCCUGCCCUUCUCCUACCAUUACGGACACUUCCCUCUGGACUCUCACGUCUUCAGCAGCAAAAAGCCAAUGCUGCCGGCCAAGUUCGGGCAGCCCCAAGGAUCCCCGUGCGAGGUGGCACGCUUUCUGCUGAGCGCGCUGCCAGCCAGCGGCGAGUGCCAGUGGCGCUAUGCCAACCCCCUAGUGCCGGGCAGCCAGUCUCCAGCUAAAAGCCUUUCCGAGCCGCCGGUGACCCCUGCUCGGCACAGCCUCGUGCCAAACUACGAAGAACACUGCAACUGGCAUCCUGUGAUUGGACCUCGCGGGCCCGGGACGCACGCGGGAAGGGGCGAGGGCGGCUCCGGGGCUCGAGCGCGCGGGCGGCAGGGGUGGCCCAGGGGUGGUGGAGGCCCCAGGGCCCCCCGGCUUGGUGUCGCUCUGGGCAUGUCCCCUUCCUCCCCCGCGCGGGCGUCUAACGUGUCGCCUGUCCCCGCAGCGCCCGCCGCCGCCGCCGCCGCCGCCGCGCGCAGGUUCGGCGAGGAUACCGCGCCACCGCUGCCGAGCUUCCCGAGCUGCGGGCACUAUCGCGAGGAGCCGGCGCUGGGCCCGGCCAAGGCCGCUCGCCAGGCCGUCCGCGACGGGGCGCGGCUGGCGCUAGCCCGCGCGGCCCCCGACUGCUGCGCGCCGCCGGCCCCCGAGCCGCCGGGCACGCCGGCGCAGCUGCCCUUCGUGCUGCUCAACUACCACCGCGUGCUGGCCCGCCGCGGGCCGCUGGGGGGCGCUGCGCCCGCCGCCCCCGCCCUCGCCGGCGGCCCUGGCGCCCCCGACGCGGCGGCCGGCGCGCUGCGACCCCGGGCCCCCGACCCCACCGCCGCCGCCGCCUCGCCGCCCGGCGCGCCCCUGCCGCACUACCUGGGCGCCUCGGUCAUCAUUACCAACGGCAGGUGACCCGCCCGGGCCGGACCGCGAAGUCCUGGGGCCGCCCCGCCUCGCGCAGGGCUGCCCGCGGGGAGAAGCCAUAGGCCAGCCUCUUUGGCUCCCAAUUUACCAAGUCCAGCCGAGUCAAGAGGAACGAGCUGUAUAUGCACGAUUUAAAUUAAUUUAUACAGAGACAACUAUUUUACUAGAACUCCACCGCCGACUUUCAGAUUUUUACCGUAGAUGCCAUAACCGUCCGUGUAGAGGACAGAGACACGGCGACGUUGGGGAGACGUGACCGCCCGACCUUUGUUCCGCAAGAGCCGGGUUUUCUGAAAGGGCGUAGCUGAGCGUCCCCGACCGCCCACGUGUGGCCUCAACUACUCCGUCUUUGGGGGGACUUGGUUUCCUCACCUUGAAAUCAGGCUUGCGCGCCUUGCGUGUCCCCGAUGCUCAGUAACAGUCCCUCUGGGGGCUUGGAGGAGGCUCCGCCCCACAGAUACCCUCCACUUUGCGGCGGAAACCCCACCCUGAUACAGUCAGGGAUGCCGGUGGGUGGCCGACCUGGAAGCUUCCUGUAUCCAGAGCCCUUUUAGAUUAAGUCAAGGCAGAAUGUGAUGAUUUAAGUCCCAUGAACGGACAACUCCGUUGUCUUUUAAAAGUCAUUCAUGAGUCUAAUUAAAAGCUGUUGUUUUAAUUUAACCCUUUCCUUAAUACAAACAUCAACAAGCCCAGACCAAGGGGGUGAACGUGGGUGUGCUUCACGAGUGCAUUCACAAGCUCUUAUUCCCUCCUAAGCCCGUGAACUCUUGAGAAUAGCACCUUCAGAAAUCUAUUGAAUAGGCAUUAAAUGCAAAUAUAUAUAUAUAUAGCCAGAUAUUUUAUGAGAAUGACAUGUGGAUGGAUGAUUUCGGUGCCCAGUGGACUGGCUACCCCUGUCAAGUUUGAUGACAAGGCGAAAUCCCUCUGGCCCACACAGACCUGUAAUUCCCUAGGCUCGUGUUUGCUACAAGUAGUGCUAAUAAAGUUAGUUACAUUGCAUGUGCAAUAUGGAAGACUGUCAAUGGACUGCGCCUUGUGGAAGAAAACAUGCUAAAGGGAUGUAAUGAAAAUGAUGUACAUGCUGUCUUCAGCGUUUUCUGCAUUUUAUACAGAGCAUAUAAAAAAAAGAAAACUCCAUAUGAACAUGUCAUGUGUAUAACAGGUAAACAGAAAUCUUUUUAUAAAGAACCAGCAGGGACUUCCCUGGUGGCACAGUGGCUAAGACUCCGUGCUCCCAAUGCAGGGGGCCCGGGGUUCAAUUCCCGGACAGGGAACUAGAUCCCACAUGCAUGCUGCAACUAAAAGUUCACAUGCCACAACUAAGGAGCCCACAGGCAGCAACUAAGACCCGGCACAACCAAAUAAAUAAAUGUUUUUUUUUGUAAAAAAAGCACCAGCAGUGUUUUCAAAAUAAACUUCCAUUAAUUGUUUUAUUUUUAUACUUUUGCUUCAGGAUUUCACCAUUUAAAAAUCCUAUCAUGGUUCUGAAGUGGAUCAAUGCAUUGAACCACCCUUUUAUCAAUCUGCUCCACACUAUAAACGCUCCCUCAUUUUGCUGCUUUUUCAAAAAUGGUUUACUUUUAGAAAACUAUGUCCACCUUUCUGAGUGGAAAGGUUGUUCACAAAUGUCUUUAACUCACUGUUCUAGAAUCAAAGUGCACCUACGUCAACUGUUGUUAAAUUGUGAAAGGACCUGUUGCCCACCCAGUGUCACUAUGAGGACCUGCCUCAUUCCGUAGGUGUCAGUUACCUUAUGGUACAAUUUGCAAAUUUAGUAACAUGUGUCUUGCAGUGAAGAGACAGGGUCAGAAGAAUUACAGGCAUACACCCCUACACAGCACUUAGCCAUACCUCGUGAGCAGCUUGUUGUGUGUGCACACAUAAAAUAAGCCUGGGGUAUUAUUUUUGUGCUGUCAAGACCCAUAAUUAAACCAUGAUUCCAGGAAGGUGCAGGUUUGAUGAGCAGGAGAUUCAUCUGACAUUUUUCAAUAAAGUACUGUAAAAUGCUUUUGUGUCUACCUUGUCAUUAACCAUUGGGGGCUGUAUAAAUAAAUACAAACCACGAAGGCUUUCGGAGCAGUUUAAGAUCAAUGGUUACUGUUAGGAAAGAAGACCGUUAUAGAUUUAUAAAUGAGAACAUAAAUAGGCUUAAUGAUGAGUGUAUAUGUACUUGAAAAAUAAAAGGUGUACUAAGAAAAACUUCCUUGCCUAAACAAACAUCACAGUUUUCAUAGCCUAGAACAUGAAGGAAGAUUCCUCUGCAAGCCGGCUUCCAGGCGGCCAGCAGCUAGGAGAAAAGUUAACAGAGCAGUUACUAUGGCAACCUGAUAUGAUUACCUCCAUCUUUUUUUAGUCUGCACAUUUAAGCUGGGGAUAUCGUUUCUUGACUUCCGUGAGGCUCUGGAAGAGGAAGAGGAAGCAUUUUAAUAAAUGUGCAUCUCUUUCACAAAAAAAGAAGAAAAAAAUUGUAGUGGGUCCUAACAUGUUGACAAAAAAUGCCAGAUCAAAUGGAUUUGAGAAAUCAGCCCAGUUCAAGACUGACUUGGCCCUCCCUCCACUGGGCCUCCCAGAGAAAGGAAUUCCUUUAUGUUCAUUGAAGCCCCUUCUAGAAAUGCCAUUCCACUCAUACCUUUGUAGAGAAGUGAACAGGGUGUGAAGGGCUGCUCGGAGGAAAUCUGCAAGAGCCUGUAUUUUCUGCUCCCUCACCCCGACCCCUUUUGUCCCUUUAAAGUCCGAUGGGCCAUGCCUUCCUCCUUUGGAUCCCAAGGGUGGGGGAGGUGUAAUCCUUCAACGGAUCCUGUUUCGAGUCUACUGUAAUUUAUCGUACUGUGAGACAGUUAAGGUAGACUUUGGGGGCUGGUACAGAUGAAAGAACACUUUAAAAUAAAUUCCAUAAAAUUACAGUAGCUUAAAAUCUUAGUGAAUAGUAGCCCUUGGGUUAUAUAAGGUGCGUUACUCAAGCUAUUCCUAAACUUAAGUAUGAUAAGUACGGUUAAAAUCUUGGGGAAAAACUGUCGAGACAAAGUCAAGCAGUUUCCACAAAAGAGAACAAUUCGACAACAACAGAAUCUGUUCUUAUAUUAAAUUUGUUGUUAUACUCAAUUGAUUUUCAAAUUAAAAAUGGACAUUAGUAAAUUUAUUUCUCACCUCAGGUUUUUUUUUUUAACUUUUCGGUUUGCUAAUAACUUUCAUUCUUUGGGGUAAUAUGAUCUCUCUUUUGUAUGAUACAUAAUACAUUUUUCAAAAAUACAUUUAAAAAGCCACCAGCUUCUUAAUACUUAGA